AUGGUGCCAAAGAAAAUCAAGAGCAAGCGUAUGCCUGCGACCCAUAAAUACAAAGUACAACGUAAAGUAAGAGAACAUAAUCGCAAGAUGCGUAAAGCUUCCAAGUCAAAUCCCAACAAAAAAACUAAACUUAAAAAAGAUCCCGGUAUACCAAGUCUGUUUCCAUACAAGGAGAAACUGCUCCAUCAGAUAGAAGAAACCAAGAGAAAGGCCGAAGAAGAAAAGGAAGCUGAAAAGCAAGCUCGUCUAGAAGCACGACGCAUUCCUCAAAAGGACUCGUUAACGUCCUUGGUCGAAUCAGCCAAUGAACGAGCUGAAGCCUUCCAAGCUUCUAACGCUGACGACGAUGAUGAUGAAGCUCCAAUGCUGGUAGAAGCAACAGUAUCCGGAUCAAAAGAUAAUUCCCGAAAAGCUUAUUACAAGGAAUUCAAAAAUGUCGUUGAAUCAGCCGAUGUCAUUUUGGAAGUACUUGACGCUCGAGAUCCAUUGGGAUGUCGAACACGUCAAAUAGAAGAAAUGAUUUUGGCGUCUGGAACUCAGAAACGGGUUAUACUUGUCCUCAAUAAGAUUGAUCUGGUACCCAAGGAAACAGUAGAAGAAUGGCUCAAAUAUCUCCGAGAGGAGCUUCCUACCAUUGCAUUCAAAGCCAAUACCUCUGCCAAACGGGAUCAUUUGGGACAUGCCUCCGUCAAAGCAUCAGCCGAACAACUCUCUACCAGCUCGGAAUGUCUAGGUGCUGACACAUUACUCAAAUUAUUGAAGAAUUAUUGUCGAAACGGUGGAAUCAAGACUAGUAUUACUGUCGGUGUAGUCGGAUUUCCCAAUGUUGGAAAAUCAAGUGUUAUCAAUUCUCUCAAACGAUCCAAAGUAUGUCAAGUCGGUUCUACUCCAGGCGUAACGAAAUCAUCACAAGAAAUACAUCUGGACAAGAAUAUUAAAUUAUUGGAUUGUCCUGGUAUUGUCUUUAGCAGACAAAUGUCUGAUGCUGAUGCUGCUGAUGUCGUGUUACGGAAUUGUGUCAAAGUGGAAUUGGUUGCUGAUCCUAUAGCACCAGUUGAAAGAAUUGUGGCCAGAUGUAAACGAGAGCAACUGAUGCUCUACUACAAGAUUCCUGCCUUCCUGGAUACCAAAGACUUUUUGAUUCAGUUGGCUCGUCUUAGAGGUCGCUUAAGGAAGGGAGGCAUAGCGGACUUGGAAUCGACAGCCAAAUCCGUAUUGAACGACUGGAAUGCAGGUCGUAUACCAUACUUUUGCAUACCGCCAAUCCGAACAUCCCAAGUAUCAUCCGCAAUCGUCGCUGAAUGGGCAAAAGAAUUCAAACUACCUGAAAUCAUUACAGUAGAAGCUGAUCAAGAAAUAUUACAGGCUGCUAUACCACAAUCAGAGGGCAAGAGUAAAUUCUUGGCGAUGAGUAGUGGUAACAGUAUGCAAAUUGACAUGGAUGGUACCGGGAUUGAAGAAUCAGAUGACGAUGAAGAGAUGGACGUUGAUGAGGAGGAUGAUUAUGACGAUGAAGAGGAUGGUGAAGAGAUGGAAGAAGAUUGA